AUGGAAGAGGAUCGUCAACAAGGCGUCAUGGCUUCAGACGAGGACGCCGAGUAUGAGACUGCAGGCGAAGCAGGAGGACACACAACAAUUAUUGCAACAGGUUCAAGAGAGGAUGAGAGAGUGUCUAGCGUCGAUCGAGACCCCUCCGACAAUGGCGAUAUCGAGUUGAGCGACCGCGAUGCUUCAGGCGAGGAUGUAGACGCAUCAGGCGAGGAGGAUAAUGAAUACACGGCACCCCCACAGUUAUCGUCUCACAACAGCCGACAAACCGAUCAAGAAGAACAAGAUGAAGCGGGCGAGGAAGCAGAAGCAGGGGACGCCGAAGAGGAACAUGACGAUGCGGAUGCGGAUGCUGAAGGCGACGAAGACGUUGACGCCGAAGGAGAAGAAUACGAAGAUGAUGAGGGCGUUGGCGCCGUCAAAUUCCAACCAGGGACCAGGAACCACGACGACGACGAAGAUAGUGAAAGCGAUAAAUCUGAUUUCCCUAGCGCCAACGAAGAAGAGUCAGACGAGGAGGCUGCCUGGGACGAUGCUGCCGAAGCCGAGGAAGACCACGAUGAUGAGGAAACUGCAGCACCGAGCCACUGCGUUUUCUGCAAUCAAAGCGAAGACGACGAUCCAAGCGAGGAGUUCGAGACGUACUUGGCUUGCACUCGUUGUGGCAAUAAUGCUCACCAGCAAUGCGCGCGCGAUGUCGCAGCAAUGAGCACCGAAAAUACCCCCGAUCAUUGGAAAUGCCCCGAUUGUUUUGGUCGAGAAUCUGAUGCGGAGGGAGAAGAUGAGGAAAUGGAAGAUCACGAUGUCGAGGAUGAUGCCGGACUUCCCUCUCAGCAAUCUGAAAUUCCCGAACUCUCAGGCGAAGCCCAUUUCGAUCAACGAAUGGAAGACGAAGAUGCCAGCUCCCAUCACGAGUCACAACAUGAAGACGACGACGGGCUUGACGAGGGGCUGAGAGAGCAACCGCGCACCUUGAGAAAGCGGAAAUCGUCAUCCUUGGAAGUUGAUGGGAACACGAUCUCCCUAAGAAAACGCCGAAGAAACCAGUCUAAUGACGCAGCAUCUGAAGGUACGGCGCGAAAUGGAAGCGCUGAACCAGGCCGACAUAACCCUUCCAGAACUCUACGUCUCAAGGUUACACGGCCCCCACCUGUUACAAUAAAGAAGCACACACGCACGUCGCUCGUACUCAAACUCCAGGUCAAGCCUGGCAACCUUAAGGAAGUUCUUGGCCGCAAAAAAAGAGAAACUCGACGACAACCUGGGACUAUCACACGACCGCCUCCCCAGCGACCAGUCCCAACACCAAGGGCUACCGCCAUUGCUGCCAUAUCUGUCCUUCCAACUCCCUUUACAUCCGACAACUAUUCACAACCAUUGUACUUCGACUGUGAUCUGGACGAGAUGCAGGGCAAACCCUACGGUGGCAUUCUGUCAGAAGGAGAGGCUGACACAUCCAAAACGCUUCCAGCCGAAGAAGAUGAGAAUAGGUUCAAGGAUGCCUUGCAGAAGGCUGACGAAGAAUGGAGGGCACGACUUCUAGCCAUGCAAGAAGAGUCCAAUGUGCCUAUCCGAAAAGCAAAAAAAACAGCAGACAAUGCCAGUCAUAUCGAGUGCAUCGAAUUUGGCGGGUGGGAAAUUGAUACGUGGUAUGCCGCGCCAUAUCCCGCCGAGUACUGCACAACCCGGGUACUGUACAUUUGCGAGUUUUGUCUCAAAUACAUGGCGUCGGACUACGUUGCGUGGCGACACAAACUCAAGUGCCCGGCCAAGCAUCCACCAGGCGACGAGAUCUAUCGACACGGGUCUGUCUCGGUUUUCGAAGUCGACGGCCGGAAGAAUCCGGUCUACUGCCAGAACCUGUGUCUUCUCGCCAAGCUGUUUUUAGGUUCGAAAACUUUAUACUACGACGUGGAGCCGUUCCUCUUCUACGUGCUGUGCGAAUACAACGAGACAGGAUAUCACUUUGUGGGAUACUUCUCAAAGGAAAAGCGAGCAAGUAGUCAGAACAAUGUCUCUUGUAUCCUCACACUGCCAAUACAUCAACGGAAAGGCUAUGGUAACUUGCUUAUCGAUUUUUCAUAUCUGCUCACAAAGGUUGAGGAGAAAACUGGCUCGCCAGAAAAGCCGUUAUCGGAUAUGGGACUGGUUUCAUACCGUAACUACUGGCGGUUAGUUAUGUGUCGGUACUUCUUGACAGCAAUGAAAGAGGAGAAGUAUGCGACAGAGGGGCUUAGCAUCAAGCGCAUAUCCGACAAUACCGGCAUGACACCAGAUGAUGUUAUAUCCGCCCUAGAGGGCCUGAGGGCUCUCGUCAGGGAUCCACAAACCAAGACUUAUGCCUUCAGAGUUGACUUGGACUAUUGCCGACAAUAUGUGGGCAAAUGGGAGGCAAAAGGCUAUGUCCAGUUGAAGCCAGAAGCUCUUGUUUGGACGCCAUAUGUUAUGGGACGAAGCAACGCCGUCAAUUUUGAGCUGGGCCCCCCAAUAAACACUAUCGCACCAAGGGAAGACGACGAGGCCAAGGUCGACGAAGGACUUGGAGCAGCUGGCACUGGAGGCCAGACAUUAAUAAACGGACAGAAGAAUGAAGAGGAUGCUGCGGGUUUAAAUAUCGACACUGGUGCUGAGACCGAAGCAAACGUCAACGGCGAAGCUCAGGAUGAUGAAGUCGAAACUGACAAUGCUGAGCCAGCCCCGGUCCAGUCCAUCGAGGACGUGGCACCAGGGCAAGAGAAAGAUAAGGAUGUCGAGAUGGAGGAUGCAGAAUCCGAUGGCCCGCCUGCUUGGCUAAAGCCAUAUCAGGAUAUUCCGUAUACUCGCUUCGAAGUAUUCCCGGCCAUUCCUGGAGGCAGACGUGAGAGGGCAAGACCAAGUGUCAACCGUCCGACCGUGCCUCGUACUACCAGUAGCGCCCCGAGGCAAAAGCGGAGUAGCGGCAGCCAUCGCACUUCAUCGUCCAGACCCAAGAGCGCAUCAAAGAAAAAGACUGGUGGCACAGGUCGUGGGCCAGGCCGAUGGCCUAAGGGUACUAAAAAGUCUGACUAUGGAAACGCAACCAGCGGACCUGGUCUGCCGCCCGGGUGGCAGGACAAGCAAGUCAAGCUGCGAGCCAUCACCGAAGGGAACGACCCAGACCAAGAAGUGGCUGUCGAGGAGCCAGCAGAAGACUCGGUCGUGGUGUCGAUGCGGGCUAAUGGAACAAAAGUUAAUAACAGGAAUGCUGCUACACGCAAGGCCUCUGUUGCAGACGCAAACGGAGAGCAAGCUGGUGAGGGAGAAGACGUUGAUGCCGAAGGGGAGGACAUUUAA